AUGCCGCAACUCGCCGCUGAGAUUACAUGUCUCUUCUGGUUCGAAAACUCUUCCACCCUCCAGCAAGCCCUCGGCCACAGAUCACCCCACCUACCUGUUACGCCCCUCGCGGCUGACGCAAUACCUUCAACGGGCUUCAGGAAAUGGGUUACCACGAUUCUGGCCACGACCCAAGUAGCGCAGAAUGUGAUUUUGCUAGCGCUGCUCUUUGUUUAUCGGCUCAAGCAGAUCAACCCGGCCGUAAAAGGAAAACCUGGCAGCGAGUACCGCUUACUUACAGUAGCGUUGAUGCUGGGCAACAAAUUUCUUGAUGACAACACGUAUACGAAUAAGACCUGGGCCGAGGUUUCUGGCAUCUCGGUACAGGAAGUCCAUGUCAUGGAGGUCGAGUUCCUCAGCAACAUGAAGUACAACCUUUUCACUUCCGAGGCUGAUUGGAAGCAAUGGCAUAUCACCCUUGGCAAAUUCGGCACUUUCUUCGAGAAGGCAUCACGUGCAUCCUUUGAGCUCACGCGAAGGCCGACUGGAUUACCACCGCCGACGGCACACAUGUCAAUGCUUCCCUCCCCGCCGGCAUCGAAUCACGCAUCUCCUCCGUUUUCAUCCAAUUAUUUCCCGCAUCAUGCCGCUCACUCUCAGCCACCCAUCAUCUUGCCGCAAGUCACCUCGGCCACAGUAUCCCCUCUCGGAGUUGUACCGGAGUUUGAGCCACGCAAAAGCAGGAAACGGAGCCUCGAUGAGCAAGCAGCAGAGCAUCCACAUAAGAGACACGCCUCGGAUUACUCCCACCAUUAUUCUGCCAAUAGUAGCGGUGCAAUGUCAAACGACUUCCAUCGCCGCCCGUCAGGUCUUGAGCCUGCUCACAGGCCAGAAGUACCCGUCACACAUGCUUCAAAUCUACCUAGACUCGCUCUACCAAAUUUGCUCAUUCCAACCAAUCAGAGCGCUCAGGGUCCGCCAAUGCAACUCCCGCCCCAGCUCCCUCCUCCAGGCGGCCGGGCCAUGUCCUUGGUUUACCCUCCGUCUCAGCAGUGGUCUCAGGGCCCUUCGAUCCCCAGCUCAACAACGCCAACACACCCGAUGGGCGAAGUCUCGCGGCAGCUAAGCCCUUACCCCGCCGGCUCAGCCGGAUCAUCACCCGUCAAUAACUCACAGCCUCCGACAUCUUCCGGGAAUCAGACUCACCUCUCGCCUUCCUACUUCUUGCAGCAGCGGAGUUCACCAUACCGGCCUGUUCGUGGAGUUACAACCCUACUGGUUCCUCCGCCUGCGUCCAUGCAGGAUCCUUUUCGUCACAUUGGGUUCGAUCAGAUGCAGUACCAGCCUCUUGGGAGGCCAAACAAUGAGCGCAGAGCUGGACCACUGCCGUACAUGAACCAUGAGGCUUGGCCACAGACGAACCAGUUCAACCAAUGGCCAAUUCUUCCGCCACCGAACCCGAGCAGGUGA